AUGGGGCAGGUACUUGUGGAGACGCAGAGGCCGCCACCCUCCCGCCUUGGCCCUCGCCACGCUCCCGCCUCGGCCCCCGCCACAUCAGACAUCAUUGAGCCCGGCGAGUGUCACCUCUGCUCGCCGUCGCCGCCUCCUCUUCUCUUCCUCCAUCAUCCUGUCAAUCGCGCUGCGCUUUUAUCGGCACCCCGGCCCCUGCGCCUGUCGAUGAGAGAAUUCAUUUUGUCUGCCAAUCACAGGCAGGGAGUGGCCAAUGAUCCAGACGUGCCAAUAGCAGAGAUAAACACGAGAACUCUGUGUAAGCUGGGGGCCCCGGUGCACGCUGACAGGGGCCACAGGGCCAGCGUGGGGCUCAUCUCUGUCAAUAGCUUCACCUUAAUGUUUUGA